CAGUUUGAAAAAGGGCGUCUAUUCGUUCUGGUUUUCAUUUAGGUUAUUAGUUUGUUAUUGUUUUGUUUUUAAUUUUUUUAGCAAUUAUUCGUCAAUAAUUUGAACUAUUUUUCUUCCAGAUUUUGUUUUUAUGAGAUUUUAUUUAUUCUAAGAAAAUAUUUUAUUAUUUUUAGUUUUUUGUAUUAAUUUGCCUUCAAUACCUUCAAACAAAUUAGCCUAGGGCCUAGUACCAAACUGACAAAGACCCAUAGAUUCAUUAAAUCUGGUAUGUGAUCAAAUCAAAUGCUGGAUAAAAAGUUAUUUUUGGCUCAGUGCUAUAAAAUGGUAAAAUACAACAAAGAACCUGAUAUACUACAACACUGAUGUCAGUAUGGAAUUAGUAGUGGUAGCUGCAAUCAUAAUUCUUGGGAUCAUAUUUACUGGAGCGUUUCUAAGUUUAGUGCUAAUCUGUCAGCAUAAAAAUAUUCGAGCUAAAACUUCCAAAUAUGUCAAGAAACUCACAAAAUCUGAUGUCAGCCAGUUUGAGGAUUGCCUGAUGGAAACUGAUGUGGAGCUUGGGGAGGUCUGCUUGCACCCCCACAUUGAGAGUAUCUUGGCAGCUGAGUGGGUGGGGGACGCUACAGGACUGGUCUCUCAUUGCUUGGCCAUCCUCAAAAUCUGUCACAGCCUAACGAAUCAUGUGGCGGCACUGGCCAUGGAUCCAGUUCAGCAGUCCAAGCUGCAGGAUAUCAUCCAGGUAGCACGAAGAAUAUCUAUCCGAGCAGACGACAUGGUACGUGCCAUGUAUCCACCACUGGACGCUAGGCUGCUGGAGGCACGCUCGGUAGCACUCGUCCUGUCGGUGUCUCACCUCACACUUGUUGCCCAGGCUGGUACAAAGUUUCAUUGGAUUGAACAGUCUAUCGCAGAAAUGGAUACACAUUUGUUGGUUUUACGAGAAGCAGCACUUUCCCAGGAAGCAGCUUGCAGGAUACAGAAUGCCAUGGCUUGACAUGAAUUUGGAAAGCAUUUAAUAUACUAUUUUUCUGUAUAGUUUAUUUUAAGCUAGAAGGUGCAUUUAUAUUUGUUCCUAUAUUGAUAGUUAAACGGGGUUAUAGGUGCUUCCAGGGGUAUUUUUCAUAUAUUGUGUACAUUUUAAGUCAUUAAAAAUAUAAUAAUAAUUUAAUUUAUCAAAUUUAAGUGUACAGAUUACAACAUGUAAUAAAAUUCUAUAGUUUGAGAAUUCAAUUCUGUUAAUACAUACUAUAAACAUACUAAAAAGUGUGAAUAUAUUUUAGAAAUCCCUCCCAGAAUAAUUAUAAUUUGUAACUUUUUACAGGUGCAUAUAAAAUUUUAAUGUUCAACUGUAGUGCUGUUAUAUUCUUACAUCCUUCUUACAUUCUUACAUCAUUUUGUAUUGGGAAUGAAAAAUGUAACAUAAUCUGUAAUUAAACACUUUUUAUACAAUAACUCAUAAUGUGAACUGUAUAAAAUGUAUCAUUCCCUUUUUUUAUUUCAGUAUUCUUAAUUACAUUUGAUAGAUUUUAAGUUUAGCAAAUUUAAUAUAACAGUUUUUUAUUCAAGAAUGUGUUUGUUAAAAAAUAAUUCAUUUCAGUGUUUGCAUUAUUAUGGCAUAUGAAUAUAUUAUUUAUUGUGUGAAUAUAGGCUAUAUUUCCUAGAUGCACGUACAGAAUAGAAUAAUUGUAAAAUAUUAACUUAAAUUGGGAAAGUAUAAAAACUUUAAAAAAUAAACUAUUCAAACUAAAAUAGAGGAUAAAAUAUUAAUAGACAUUCCUUUGCACCUGACAAAUGCACUAAAAGACUACAUUCCAUUGCACCUUAUUACACUAAAAGACUAAGCAAUAUAUUCAAAGUUCAAAUGCUAAACAAAUUUUAAUCAAUUAUAGUCCUACUAUAAACCUUACACAUCGUAAAAGAUAAGUGAGAAAUCAACAGAUAUCGUAGUUAAGGCUGUAGCAGUUGACAAUGCCAGCUGCCUAACUUAAAAAAAGGCAAUUUUUCGUUGUAUGGUAGGAUAGUGGAGAAUAAUCAAAAUAAAAUCCAAUACUGGUGAAAGUUUUCAAAGCAGUGAAAGAUUAAAAUUAAUAAAUAUCAGCUCUUGUGUAACAAGAAACAUGAUUGGACUACACAAUCAGUCCAUGGUUGGUUUCAACAUCAUCAAGGUUUCCUGUUAAUAAUAUGUGUUAACUUAUACUACAGUAAAAAAAGUUACUAAAUUAAAAUUCUUUUGUGGUAGGCCUGUAAUAACAGACCAUUUUUUUGUGGUAGGUUUAUGUUCAAAAUGCCUAGAUAGUGAGAAUGAAUAUACUUCUAAAAUUAAGUAAUUCAAGUUAGGUUUAAAAAUGUUUUUACCAACUCUACGGAGAUUAGGCUACAUUAUUUUUUUAUUCAAACAUCGUUAUGCAAUUAAUAACUGAUAAAGACAAGAAUUUCUGCUAAGAAUACGAUGUUAUUGAUUGUAGAUGUUUCUCCCAUCACUGUAAUUGGUUUAAAACCAUCUCCAGACCAUAAUACAGUGCUAAUGCCUGCCAUAUCACUUCAUAUGUAUUGGUUAUAUCAUUUAUAAGAACAUAUUUUUGUAAAGUCAAUGAUAUUUAGAUACUUGGUUUUGAUAAAAAAUUGUUCAUGCUUCAUGUGAAUUGCAUAUUGAGAUUUUUCUUCGAAUUGCCUAUAAAGGAUCAGUGGAAACAAAGCCUAAUUUGUCAUACAAGUCAGAGAUGAUUUUUUAAAUUAUGUUAAGCAUUUUACAAGCAAGCAAUAAUAUAAAACAUGCUAAGUGUAAAGUAUGAUACAUCACAAUUUUGUGAUUGAAACUAUUAAACAUUUGUGUUCCAUUUUAUAAUGUAAUGUCAUCAGUGCUUAAUAUUUAUACAUGAAUUUUUGUAUGUUUCUAAUACUACAACUUAUUAUGUAAGUAAACAUUUCAUUAAGUGAUAUUUUUGUAAAUAAAAUGUAUUGUUUUGUAUGAUGUUUACAAAUUCUCUACAAAUGUUAAAUGUUGAUUAUUGUUAUACAAAGUUUGUGUUAAAUAAUUGUAUUAUUUAUGUUAAAUAAAUGUUGAACUAGAAUAAAAAUAUAUAUUUACUAUUUUAAUCCUAUAUCUGCAUAAAAAUUAUGUAUUAUUUUAAGCAAAACCUUUAUUAGAUUACAAAUAUGAAAUUGUACAGUAACUAAUUAAUACCAUUCAAGGAUCUGUUACACUUUUAGUGUUUGAUGUUAAUAACAAUGUUAUUGUUAACAUCAUUUUAAUAGCUUUUUAGUUAAUAGUUUAGUUUAGUAUGAUAUAAAAUAUCAAUUUAAAUGUGAUAACUUGCUGCUCAAAGUUAUAGUUAUAGAUGAUAAAAAAAUCACUCCUUUUGAUUGCUUUUUAAUAUAGAAUUGAAACGUGAAAGUUGGUGAGUACUUCUAACUCAACUGGUCAGCUAUUUUUACUCUUCUUAUAAAUUGUUGUUCCCUUGAAUGUUAUCCAAAGGGUUCAUUCAAGUCUAGUUUAAAACAUUAACCCCAUUUUAAUAAUAUUAUCUUUUUGUUAUUUACCUUUAAAGGGAAACUAAAAUCAGGAAAUUUUGGUGCUAAGGUGAGGUAAGUAUUUUUAUUUAUUUUCAAGAUCAACAUUCAAAUUACUUGAGAAAUUAAUAAAUCCUUUUUUGAUUCCAAUGUAAGUAAACUACGAAUAGCAAAUUCUUAGCAUUGCUAGAGUGUUCAAGAUAAAAAAUAAUAUCAGAACUAAUUCUCAUUAACACCUAAUUUUUAACCUUUAGCAAAUACAUAAAAAUCGUGUUUUGAUGUUUGUUUGCAGAGUUCAUAGUUUUUUAUGAAGUUUGUUCUGUAUUUAUAUGUGAAAUACAGUACUUACAACACUGAAAUGAAAUAAUCUAAGAGAGCGAGCGGAGAUGCAAGACGUGUAACCACUAAAGUUUUAGCUGCAAGUCUCAGGGAAAUCUGCACAUUUUUUUAAAGCUGAGAUCUAGUAAGCCCUUUUGACUCUUAAUGGAAGGUGCAAUAUUAAAUCUAUUCUUUUAGUAGGUUUUGGCUACUCUUACAUUAUGCCGUCCUUUUAAAGUUCCCUAAUCGUUACAUUAUUUAUUAUUUCCACUUAUAAAACAAAACCAAUGGUACAAGAACUGUAUUGUGUGAUUACCAUAUCAAGCUUUAUCUCUCUCCAUUGAGAGCUCUUGUGCCCAACUCUACCCAGGAAUGAAGUGACCAUCUCUCUUCACUUCUUUGAACAAGUAUUGAGAAAAUUGCUGGAAAAUGACACUUUAAUAAAAUUAGCUACUUGUCAUUAUUUUCUCUAUAUAUGCAUCCUGCAUUCAUCUUUUUACCAUCCUACUCCUACCCUCCAUCUAAUAAUUUGUACCGUUCAUUGUUUAAUAUUUGUUGUGAUCAGUCUGCAUUGUUUUACUUUGUCUUUUACAAUUAAUUAUUAAAAUAUUUGCUAAGAACAGAUUUGGUAUCACCCAAUCUAAAUGUUUUGUGCCUAUUUUACAAUACUAGCAAAAAACAAGGAUUACUUUUUUAUCAGCUGACAUUUGGAGAUUAUUCUUAUUCUUUAGAUAUUUAGGUGAAAUUUACUAAAACAAUGUAAGUUUGUUUGAAAAUAAAUUUACUGUCAAACUGAAGAGUGCAAAUUGCCCAACAAGCAAUUUAUCUACAUAAAAACUACUAACCUCUAGCAUUAAAAAAAAUGUUUUCUCUAUCUGUGUAAACAUAGUAGUAUACAAAUUUACUUAACACCUAAUCUGUCCUUAACACCCAACAAUAAUCAAAUUAUUUUCAAAUAUCAGUCAUCAAGAAAGUAAUGCAACUUUAUUCCUGUAAAACAGAACUUUGAGCAAUGAGAUAACAAUUUACAAGUACAUACAGAAAGUACAGUUAUGUGAUCCUUUGUCAUAGCUAUGACAGCAAUCAGUAGUAUAGAGAAAACUAAUUUUGCACAGAAACAUUACACCCUUACCAUUGUUGUCAAGCAAAAUUGCCCUACAAUCUAGCAGAUGUUCAAUUAAUUAAACUUUGAAGUAUAACUUUUUGAAGAUAUAGUAUGCUCAACAAUUCUUCCAAGAUUUCUUGUUAUAUGAAUAGAGAAAAGUGCCUUACUAUUGGGAAACUUGUUAAAGAUGUAUUAAUUGUAGCUAUAUGAUUAAAACAUACUGUUUAUUAUGAUACAAUAUAUUUUUCUCGAAGUUAUAUAUUUUUGUUGUAUUAUAAUUAAAAUAAAAUAUAUUUAAAAUCCA